AUGUUGCUUCGGAUUCUACCCGACUCCAAGGUCCCCAGUGUCCUAUUUACACUUUCCUUUCCUCACCUUCCCCUCGAUCUCCCAUGUCCGCCAUCUUGGAACGCCUAUCUGCAACGUCUUGCCGUAGAGGAGCUCGAGCUUCCCCGUGAUCUUCAUUCCCUGGAUAAGGCGGCGUGGAUCUCAACUAUAUUGGCUGAGGUCACUUUUGAUAUGACGAGAGGAGUUGUUCGGGCACUUUUCAUCGACGAGACCGUCCAGGAAUGGCCUCUGAUGGAUAAGACUUGUUUGAUCACCUUGGAGGGUAUCCUUAAGGAUGUCAACUUGUCGACUAUGGACUUUUCUGCACCUAAAGAGAGGGCUGUCGAGAAACCGACCGAGACCCGACCACCCACACCUUCAAAGUCUGUGAAGCACAAGAAGCAAAGGUCGUUGCUAGCGUCCCUGGUAGCUCUGGUCUCCCUACCGUCGUCUUCGUCAUCCUCUCGUUGCUCUUCUCCGCCUCCCGAGUCUCCCGCUCCAUCCAUCCGACCGCUCCCCUCAUCUGCUCCAUGUUCUCGCCCAAGCUCUCCUCCUCCAUCGUCGGAUCCCAUAGUCUCCCAGCGGAUCCUCCGUCGUCGUGCACGAAUUGCCCUCAUGGACGCUUACCGCCGUUUCAUCGUCUCUGAGCUGAAAGAGCGUCUCCACCCUUCCGGCUACUCGGCAUGGAUAGUCAACUCCAUGCUACGGCGCGCUUCCGACCACAUGUCUGCUCUAGUCGACCAAGCGGGUGGCGCUGUACCCGAUUUACGGCAGUUCUUGCCGUUCCCAAUGGACGAGGGCGACCCGAUGGGGAUGUACCAUGAGGACUCGCAUCACUUUGAGAGUCAGACGCAGGUGGAUGAGGCUGCUUUGUUCGAUUGUGAUGAGGAGAGCGGGGAUGGCAGGAGUUUGAGCACGGAUACGGACGGGUCCUCGGUUCAUACACCUUUGCAUACGCCAACCUCGUGGAGACAGAACUCGAUCAGUUCUUGGAGUGCCCGUUCGGAUGCAGAUGCAGAUGGAGAGUUCGCCACAUCGUCUUCGUCGUCUGGACCACCGCGCUCGCCUUCGCCACCCGCGUUCACGCAACAAGAUAUCGAUACAUAUGUCGGCCUCACGAGACAAUCGCUCCAUCUACGCAGGCUACUUGUGCAUAUGGAUGUAAUGCAGAAGGCCGUAGAGUCGGAUACGAAGCAGCUUUUGACGGUACUCGAGAUCAAGUCCAAACGAAGGGCGUGGUCGAAUCGUCAAUUCUGUGGCGGAGCGGGCAUGAAAGACUUGGGGCUGGGCCAACCAUUCAGGAGCUCUCCUUUGGUUCUGUACGAACCCAUUGGCGCGGCCGGCAUGACAAACAGUCAGGUCGUAAGAGCGAACAGGGAGAGAAGGUACCCUUCUGCCUCAGAACUGUUCCCGAUGUCACUGUCGCCUUCGCCUUCGAAUGAUGACUAUGAGGGAAGCUCGGUAACGAGCUCGCCGAAGGAGGGUGGUUUGACGCUGGAGGUUCCUCAUCCGAGGAUCAGGUUGAGGACGAAGAGUAUUGAGCAGUUGAAGGUCUUGGAUCAGGGUUUGGAGAACGAUAUGAAGGACUCGAGGAUGCCUUCGCCUCCACCUCUUCCGGUCUCUCCCCCGUCCCCGUCGCGGAGUCCUUUACCAUCUACUACGAAUCCCGGUCACGGCCAUGCUCAUUCCGCAUCUCUGCCGUUUGUGGCUGCGCCGGUGCCACAGAAACCGGAGAGACAUAUGUUGUUCGAGCCGGACUUUCAGAUGGGUGGUGGGAGGGCGAGAGGUGAGAUGCUGGAGAUGCCGUUGGGCACUAUGAUUGAGGCCUUAGACGAUAUUGAGAGGGACCUUGAGGCGGGGUUGACUCAUGGCCAGAGAAGGUAUGAGAGGGAUGAAUGGUUGCCGGGGAUCGUCGUUGGCGAACGCUGA